AUGCCAUCAGAAGAUAGUGCGACACCCGUUCAAUCGAACACCUCGACUGGAGUGGCGACCCCCGAACCACCCUACAGCAUCUUCGAUAAGCGACAGAAGUGGUUAAUCAUCAUUAUUGUAUCUACUGCAGCAACAUUCUCCGGUUUCGCAUCCAACAUUUAUUUCCCAGCUUUACCAACAAUCGCCAAUGACCUCAAUGUCUCCAUCGAACUUCUUAACUUAACUGUUACAUCCUAUCUCAUCUUCCAGGGUCUCGCCCCCAGUCUCUGGGGCCCAGUAUCCGACGUGAAAGGUCGCCGGACAGCAUAUAUGUGCACAUUUGUUGUCUUCCUAGGCGCCUGUAUCGGACUUGCCGAGUCGAAAAACUAUGCGACGCUCAUUAUUCUCCGAUGUCUUCAAAGCACCGGCAGCGCUAGUACAAUCGCAAUUGGAUCCGGCGUCAUCAGCGAUAUUACCACUCGGGCCGAGCGCGGUGGCUACAUGGGAAUCUUCCAAGCAGGCUUGCUCGUCCCCGUUGCCGUUGGACCAGUCAUCGGAGGUGGAAUUGCUGGAUCUUUGGGAUGGAAGGCGAUCUUCUGGUUCCUGACUAUUUACAGCGGCGCUUUCCUCUGCUUUCUCAUCGUCUUUCUGCCAGAGACUCUACGAUCGAUUGUUGGCAACGGGUCUCUGAAGUCUUCCAACCCAUUGGUGAAUUUUCCGCUGGAAUUACAUCAGAAAACGACCAAGGUCGAGUGGGAGCAGGUCCCGGAUGGCCAAUCGCAGCGCGCAGCAAAGAAAAAGAUUGAUGUUUUGGGACCGCUUCGGAUACUCAUCAGCAACCACGCGGCACCUAUUAUAAUUUUUCUGGCGGUGUAUUACGCUGUUUGGCAGAUGAGCAUCACAGCGAUGUCCUCCCUUUUCAAAAGCCGCUAUGGUUUGUCAGAGAUUCAAAUCGGUUUGACGUUCAUCGCCAACGGUGUAGGGUCCAUGAUCGGAACUCUGGUGACCGGCAAAAUUCUUGAUGCCGACUAUCGUCGUGUGAAAUCUAGGUAUGAGGCUUCGCUCGAUGCCGAGCAGGGGGAGGAAACCACUGCGGCUACACGAGAAGAGAACUUUCCCCUCGAAAAGGCACGUCUUCGACUCGUGCCCAUCUUUUCCAUCCUUCAGUGCCUUUCUAUCAUUUUGUUUGGUUGGACGAUUAAUUACGCCCGCAAAGUGCACAUCGCUGUACCUAUCGUCUCGACCUUCAUCACGGGCUGGACUGCUGUCUCCACACAGUCGCUCAUCAUGACAUAUCUUGUGGAUAUAUUCCCUGAUAGGAGCGCUGCAGCUAGUGCCAGUCUAAACCUUGCACGAUGUCUCUUUGCUGCGGGAGGUACCAGCUUUAUCAUGCCUCUUAUCAAUAGCGUUGGGGUUGGCGUGGCCUUCACCAUUUGCGUCGCUGUACAGCUACUUGCACUGGUAGGGCCUUUGAUUCAGUGGAGAUUUGCCGCUGGAUGGAGAAGAAAGGAGAGGGAACGAGAUGCCCAGAGGGCGGACGUGAAGAACUAA